AUGUCGUCAAAUGGGACCUUGAGCUCAGAUGUGCAGCUCUGUCCUCUGCUGAAGGCCAUGACGGAACACAGCCUCAACAAUAACACAAAGGCUAACAUUGUUGUUGUCUGCAUCCACGGUCUGGUUUCCUGCCUGGGGAUUUUGGAGAAUGCCCUUAUCCUCUGGGUAGUGGGCUUCCGUCUUCAGCGCCGCACUGUAGCUUCUGUCUGGGUACUGAAUCUGGCCAUGUCUGACUUCCUGGCAACCUUGACCCUGCCGUUAUUCACCUUCUACCUUAGUUCCUCACAUAGCUGGGAGCUUGGCAGCCCACUUUGCAAAAUACAGGCUUCCAUCUUCUUCUUAAACAUGUUUGUGUCCGCAUUCCUGCUAGCAGCUAUUUCCCUGGAUCGCUGCCUUCUGGUGGUCAAGCCAGUGUGGAGCCAGAAUCAUCGGUCGGUUGCAGGAGCGUGGAAGGUGUGUGCACUGGGAUGGCUGUGGGCAGCAUUUAAUACAUUCCCAUACUUCCUGUUCCGCUCUGUGACUAAGAAACACGAUGGGAGGAAACUGUGCUAUCAUAAUUUUGCCUUGUAUUCAUCCUCUGUAGUGACUCUGGGGAGAAAUUGUAAAGUGAGGCAGGCAGCAACUGCCAUCUCCAAGUUGCUAGUUGCCUUCCUGAUCCCUCUGGUGGUGAUUGCUGUGAGCUAUAUCCAAAUUGGUCUCAGCCUGAGAAAAAGGAGAAUGAGGAGGAAGCAGAGCGCCAGCAGGCUCACUGAUGUAUUAAUGGUUUCAAACAAAAAUGGUGCAUCAGGAACACCAAAGACGCCUACAACCACUAAAAGCACCAGUAUAUUUCUAAAGCCUCUAUCCUCUGGUCCAGCGUUAACCCUGACACCGAGUACCCUGUCUCCUUCCUCUAGUCCCAGUCAGUUGUCCCAGAGCUUCACCAAGAUGGUGACAUUUGUGAUAGCAGUAUUUGCUCUGUGCUGGGCCCCCUAUCAUAUCUUCUGCAUUAUUGAAGUAACAGCCCAGUACUGGCAAAAAAACCUCUACCUGGUGGAGGUAGGACUUCCCUUUGCCACAACCUUUGCCUUCCUGAAUCCAGUGUUGAACCCCAUUCUGUACGCCUUCAGCUGUCCAAACUUUUGUGUUCGAAUACAACAGAGUCUGGGAGCAGUGUUUGAUGGCCUGGUGGAGGAAGGAGGGGGCUUACUGAUGGUGCCAGGCAAAAGUUUAAGAGCUCACAUCAGGCGGAAAAGCAGUCGGGAUGUGAGCCCUGGAGUGCCACGGUCACCAAAGGGUUCAUGUUCACCUCCACCUUCUGACUAUCAGCCCUCCUUUUCACAACCUUCACCUUCUGUUGGCCUCAAGGAGAGACCCAUGGAAGGUACCAGACAAGAACUGGAAAGUGAGGAGGAACAUGGUUGA